GAAGGUUUGCGGAGGGUUUUCGAUCCAUGGACGUCGGAAUUUUCCCCGCAUUGUCAAUUCGGUGCGCGAAUGAUCGAUUCAACGAGUAUUCGCCGAAUUUCCGAGUGUGCGGAACGUGGUCCAAUGCUGCUGGAAGUGAUUUGUUCAGGCGCUGACAUUGCGAUCACGAUGAAUCGCAGCGAGCGUUUUCAUUGCUCCAUCGAUUCACCUGCCAUCUUUUGAAGUAUUAUAUUCGACAGCAGAUAUGUAAAGAUGCCCACUUUGCAAUUCAUUGGCAUCUGUUGACGGUGGUUCGAGAGAUGGUCCGCACUGGUGGUUGUGUAGUAGAUCUGGGAGACGGAUGCUUUUUUGCUGAGAAGGACUUGCGUGGGAAGGACAUUACGUAGCCCGUCUCGUCUUCACCCAAAAGUAGAAUCUCAAUGUGAGGAAUUCAGGAAGAACGAAACGCCGAGGGGAAGGGUGAUCGGCUUGGGGUUUGCACAAGUACAAUGUGCGGAGUCUUACCGAAGGUCGGUAUCUGAAAGAUCAAGCUUUGAAUCCUGGAGAGUACACGCUUUCAAAGAAUGUAGAGGCACUUGUCAUGAUUAAACGCGUCAAUCCUCAAUUGUGUACAGAAUCAUCAUACUUUCGAAAAACGAAUGCCACUUUUACCUGGAAGGCGAUGUUUGCUACGACCACUGAAGUAAAGUCUUGAGAUUAGACAUAUGGAAAAAUUGCUACUUCGUGCAAGAGCACAGAGCUACUGCAUGUGUGGAAUUACGGAAAGUUGAGAAAUUUGAGCGCUUGGGGCCGUCCAGGCUUUCAAGUCGAAGUUCAGAAGUGCAAGAAUUUAAACUCGCCGUACUCUUCCAAUUUUGCGCAUGACACAUCUUGAAAAACCGAAGUACAUCUUACACUGCGGUAACAUUCCUUAUUCUGGAAACCACGGGAAGGAUGAAAGGAAGUAUGAAGUUGGUGGUGCUCAAAGACAGGAUAUAUGAAUGCAGAUACAUAGAGCUGCCACAUGCGAUCAAACCCAAAGCAACGUCAAGAAGAAAGAGGCAUAGGAUCAUCGCAGAGCGCAACGACUUUUGCUGUAGAGCCAAAACUGUUGUUACGAUGCACGAGUUUGAAAGCAUGUGGUAGUAAGAUAGCGCAAUCGCAAUGUCCAAUACAACGAACGGAGUGAAGGUUUUUACCGUGGUUGUUCUGUCGGGGAGUUUGUUCUUCCUGAUUUACCACAUUGGAAGGAGAAGGCUCCAGCAAAUACCGAAACCCGAUUCACCCAGGGAAACUCCCCUUAACCCGAGACCCGCCAAAGGUCCUGGAGGACAUCAUCAGAGAUACUUCAGUCAUCACUAUGAAAAGUCAUAUCCCCGAAUUUCGUCCAUUUCAGAAGCCGUCGUAUCCUCCCAACCAAGUGCACGUAGCAGCCGAGGGCAUACAGGAACUAACAACAGAUACGGUACUGAUGAAGUUCAUGAUGAUGCAUCUACAGCUUCAGAACAUUCCGAUGCAGACACUCCUAGUUCUAACCCUUACGUGCUUUCCAGUACUGAUGCCGCCCUUCGAAAUAACCUAGAAAACAGAGGCAAAAAACUGAGGUUUGAGCUAGGUUCUGGAGCCGAACAGUCCUUCUUGGACCACUUAAGCAACAGUAGCACCUUUGGCCAUCAGCAAGCACCAAGUAAUGACACUCGGCACAUUUCUCCAGGCGAUUUGUCGUCAUUUGAGCAGACUGUCAAUGACCACAAACAGGAAACGAGACAGAAGGGUGUGGCCGGAUGUAGCACCACCAUAGACAGAGUGCCCAGAGACGCUGCUGAGCAUUCAAGCUUUCUGGGAAUUGUACCGCUUGAGCGCACCGUACCACAUAAGAAAGCCUUGAUCUCAUCUUCUAUAUCGCCGACAACUUCUUUCUUCAAGGCCCUACUUUACAGCUUUAUGUGGUGUAUUCUCAGUCAUUCUUUUCUUCUAUUCAGCACGACAGGCAUGGGAGUCACGAUGGCUACAUUUCCAGCUCCUUUUCUCAGGAUCACUGUGCACUUUAUUAUACAGACAAUACUUGCUUCCUGCAUGCUUCGAUGGCCCAUGAAACGAAUUAUUUCCAUGUCUUGGACCACAUUCUUGUGGCGAGUUUUUCCAGUUGCAGUGGCAGCAACAGUAGAUCAUGAACCGCAAGCUACCCCUUUCUCCAAUGUUUGCGAGAAUCUAAAAGUGCCGGUUGCGAAUAUUUUGGCCUGCAAGUGUGAGGGACCUUUCAAUGAUAUGCGGAACAUCUUCAGGGAGAAAGCUCUACUGGCUGUAUGCCGUGUACAGUCGAAGUGCAAAGCUUGCGUGCCUCUCAUUGUUGUCGUGCUUACCACAAUAUUCAAAUUGGACGAGCAUAGCCACAGUGCCUUUUGCAACAUUGUGACCAUUUCUGUCGGAUUUAUGAUAGCAGUUUACAAGGAGGAAGAAGUCGAGAACUGGAGCUUGACAGAAUCUUCUCUGGGUUCUGCUAUUUCUGCAUUUCGAUUAGCCGCAACCCAGAAUCUACUCCAGAAUAGAGAAAUUGGCUUGGUUAGCCCCGUAGUGACUAUGAGAGCCUUGGCACCGGCGAUGGCGUUAGUGACAGCCGUUUCGUCUUAUUUCGUUGAUCCUUGGAGAACCUUACAUAUGACAGAGUUCUUCAACACGACUGAGCAUACUUUGAAGACUUGGGCACAUAUUGUCGUCGGAGCUUUUCUCGAGACAUCUGUGGCAUUGUCUGAAUUAGUAGUAAUAUACCACUCAAGCGCAAAUGCCAUGAUUAUCGUUGUCAUGUUCAAGGAAGUUGCCUUGUUGACGGUCUCCCGCUUUCAUUAUCAAAAUUACACUCGUUUAAAUGCAAUUGGACUCGGUGUGUUUUACUCCGGCGUGUUGUACUACACCUGGCUGAAAUACCGGAAGGUUGUGAAGAGGCUCAAAUCUCAGGAGGCAUUCCACCCACCGGUACCUUCAGGAGAAGGGAGUAGUUCUUCAGUGGGAAGAAGCUGUAUUGUUCCUACAGACAUCCUUAGUAGAUCAGGGUCUAGGAUCUGGGCGGCAGGGUCCAGUUGUGUUGAUCGACUGCUUCGACUGGAUGGAGGUCUUAGAAAUGUUGUCGGAAUUUGUGGGGAUCGUUUCAGUUCCCUGUUCAGACGGUUUGCGUAGGCAACAAUCCAGACUGGUUGAAGUUGUAAUUUAUCUCUUUCGCUUGAAGGGUGAGGCUGCUUGAUCGUUUGCUUCCACAUCCAGAAUGUUGGUCAGAAGUCGACGAUCGUUCAAAUAUCAUCUAUCUCUGUCAGUGUUGUGGUAGUCACAUCCAUAGAGUUGCAAAUCUUCACCGUUUACUAAUGUAAUCAAUUCUCCCUAACAGAUGUAGAGGGUGUCACGAACUUUUGGCACGAAAAGAACCUGUCGUAAGACGUCUAAGAUACUGAAUGCUUUCAAUCUUAUGGUAUUCGGA